ACGCGGGGGCCGGUCCCACGUGGUGGGGCCACCGGGGAGCCCCGACUAGUCGCCACCCUGCUCUGUCCCUGCCCGCGGUCCGUAUCCCGGCCGGGCUUGGUGGUGAGCUCCCUAACCUGGGAGCUGCUCUCCGUCUUCGCCCGCCGUCCCUAUUGGCGGCGAGAUCAGAGGCGAGCCCCUUACUUGGGGACCACCUAUAGGUUGGUCCCUACUCGGGAUCGGCUAGAGGUGAGCACCUAACGCGGGGACGACUCUGCGCCCCCGCCGGCGGCCCCUACCCAGAGUGGACCCCGAGAUAAAGUGUAGCAAUGGCUGCUGUUUAUUCCGGCAUUUCCCAUAAGCUUAAAAGCAAGACAACUUCCUGGGAAGAUAAACUAAAGCUAGCUCACUUUGCUUGGAUUUCCCACCAGUGCGUUCUUCCAAAUAAAGAACAAGUACUACUUGAUUGGGCAAGACAGUCAUUAGUUGCAUUUUAUAAGAAAAAACUUGAACUGAAGGAAGACAUUGUUGAAAGGCUUUGGAGCUACAUAGAUAACAUUCUGCAUAGCAAAAAAUUACAGAAUCUCCUCAAGAAUGGAAAGACAAUUAACCUUCAGGUUUCCCUAAUCAAGGUCAUAAAUGAGAGAAUAGCUGAGCUCGCGCUCUUGGGAUCCCAGGGAAACAUCUCCGCUGUGCUUAGCUGCUGCCAGGGCAUCCUCUCGACGCCUGGCCUUGCUGUCAUCUACACGGCCAGACAGGAGCUGAUGGUGGCCUUGCUGAGCCAGCUGUGCUGGUCGGCCUGCAGGCAGCCAGAAGGAGCCGUGGUAGCCCUGUUAUUCGAGGUCAUUCACCUGGCCCUUGGCCAUUACCUCUUGAUCCAGAAGCAGCAGGUGAACCCAAGGCGCGCCUUUGGAGAGCUGACCGGGCAUCUGCUCCAGCCCUGCCUGGUCCUGAGGCAGCUGCUCUUGGGGGGCACGUGGACGCAGGCCGGCCAGGGCCAGCUGCGGCAGGCGCUGAGCCGGGACCUUCGGAGCCAGAUCGAGGCCGUGCUUCGCGGUGGCGCCUUCCAGCCCGAGCUGCUUUCCUCCUACAAAGAGGAGCUCCUGGACCAGCAGCAGGGUGACACGAGGGCGGGGGCCAUGAAGAACCUCCUGGCGCCCAUGGGCACCGUGAGUGCCGGGCUGCUCGAUGCCGGCUACUGCGAACCGCCCCUUCAUGCUGCGGUCGUGGCCAACUCGGUGGCCUUGCUGUACAAGCUCUUUCUAGAGUCUUACUUCAAGGAGGGGAAUCAGCUUCUCUGCUUCCAGGUGCUUCCCAGGCUGUUUGGCUGCUUGAGGAUCUCCCGCCUGCAGGGGGAGCAGCUGCAAGCGCUGCCCACAGCGGACUGGACCACGGAGCUCCUGGUUGUAGAGCAGCUGCUGAGUUCCGUGGCGAACAACAACAUCUACAACAUUGCGGCCGAUAGGAUCCGGCACGGGGAGGCCCAGUUCCACUUCUACCGGCGCGUGGCCGAGCUGCUGAUAAACCACUCGCAGGCGUCCGUGCCGGCCUGGUUCCGCUGCCUCAGGGUUCUGAUGUCGCUCAAUCAUUUGAUCCUGGAGCCGGACCUGGACGACUUGUUGGCUUCGGCUUGGAUCGAUGCAGACGUAACAGAGCCUCGGACCAAAAAGGCCCAGGAGGCCCUCAUCCACACUCUCUUCCAGACGUAUGUCAAACUCCGACAGGUGCCACGGUUGUUCGAAGAGAUUUUGGGGGUGAUGUGUCGUCCAGCUGCCGAGGCGCUGAGGCAGCCCGUGCUGGCCGCGGGCCCCUCCGGGGUGCUCUGUGAGUGCCUCCUGGAGUUGCCGCCAAGUCAGAUCUUGGACACGUGGUCCCUGGUGCUAGAGAAGUUCCAGUCACUGGUCUUGCCCUGUUUGCGGGAUGAUGCCGACAUGCCCUUGAAGGCGCUGUCCCUGAGCUCCCUGCUGCACUGUAUCAUGUUCAAUAUGAGGAGCCUGGACAGCAACACCCCCCUGCCUGUCGUCAGACGGAUGCAGGGCACAAUGGAGAGGAUGCUCCGGGAGCUCGUGCAGCCCCUGCUGGACCUUCUCCGGGACCCCCCGCGCCCAGAGCCAGAUCUGUGGCUACAGAAGGUCAGUGACUCUGCGCUGCUGCUCGCCCACACCUGGGCGCAGGUCGACACCAUGCUCAGUUUAAACUGUAGCCAAUAUCACGCUGUGUCUGGGGCUCUUACAGGUGUUACUCUGGAGAUCUCGACCCUCCCUUUGUUGCUCCCAGGUGUAAAAGUACACCAUUGGAAGAAGAUAGAAAAGGUCGCAGCUCAGUUUGACUCCCUCGGCAGGUAUUGCUUAGAACAGCUCUACUUGCAGAAAAUGAAAAGGACUUUGAUGCAGACUGGUUUCCAGUCUGAAGAAGCCCUCCGUACAUUGAGGAAUGAUGCCGCCUACAUCCUUGCUUCUGGCAGAGGAAGCUUGACCCAGGGGAUGCCAGCUUCCUGGGAUGGCCAGGUGGGGACAGUGAGUGCCACCACCUACCCCGUGGCUCACUGGCACUUGAUCGUGUCGAAUCUCACCAUCUUAAUAUCCUAUCUCUGUCCAGAUGAUGUGAGAUACCUGGCCAGUGUCCUCCUGAGAACUCUGCCAACGAGCAGAGGCCAGGAAGGCUCGGCAGACGAAGAGCCAAACAUCACACUUGACAAGAUAUCCGAGGCCAUGUUUCGCAGCCCUUUCUUUCCAGAGAUGCAGUCCCUGUACUCUGCGUUCUUAGGGUGCCUCACGGAGAGGUGCGCCAGCAUUCUGGGUUCUGGCGCGCAGAGCGGCCCGAGGCUUCUCAGUCGGCAGCUGCCCUGGCUUUUUGAAAAGGACCCCAUGGAUGUGGCUCGUUGGGAGUCCAGAUUCGCCAAAGUUGGACCGGAAGGUGCAGAGUCAAGAGGAGAAAUUGCCCAAAACUUACUAUCCUUGGCCAAGAGUGACUUCCCUAUCGAGCUAGAGGAAGAGCAGUUAGAGAGCAUCCUGGGGCUUUUGGAAGUCGUUUCUGCCCUGCAGCUGGACUGCCUCGCAACUCCCCACCACGUGCACUGUUUCCUUCUGUUCCUGACCACGGCCAUGGCCAAGCUGGGCCGCUCUUGCUCUUCCUCACAGACCCUUAAGUUUUUGGUGACUUGCUACCAGCUUCUUGGUUACCUGCAAAGAGGGAAAAGUGCCCGCUCCGUGCUCAAGGUCAUGUACGUUAGUGAUAUUUUUGAAAUCACACUGACCUCACUGUUCAAAGCCAGUAGUGGGUUUCGCAUUUAUAGGGAUGACCCGUCUUGGCUGGAAUUCCUCCAGGUGCUGGGGACGUUCUUAGAACAGCUCAUGCAGAUGCUGGUCCAGAUGAAGCUCAGCCUCGUGCUCAAUUUUGGGAAAAUCAUUGAAUUCCUCACAAGGUGCAAAGUGCACACUGAAGCAACGUCAGGCCAACAGGGGAAAACCCAGAAUCCUCUGGGCCGGCAGCUUCUUCUGGUGCCUUUAACUGCGUUGUGCCAAGUCCUGGGGCCUUUUGUCAGGGAGCGGAGGCAGCAGCCCGAGGCCCCGGAAGUGCUGCUGGGGCUCCUGCAGCAGGCGGUGCUCCAGCUGGGUGCCCUGCUGCAGCUGGGCGCGCCUCGCGGGGCCCGGGGGCUGCACUCCGCCUUCCUCUCCUCGGCCUGCACGCUCUUGGAAGCGGACGCGGGCCAGCACUCCAGGCCCGGGGGGACAGAGAUUUCACAAGCGACGGACAAAGCGCCGCUCUCCCAUCCCGCGUUCUACCAGCGGGUUUAUUCGCAAGUACUGGCUGCGUUGCCAGCCCUGGCUGGACACUCCCAGUCCUUCCAGGCAGCUGUGCGGUUUUUAACCCUCUUCUCUCUGAACCCAGAACUGCACCCCAAGAAGGAGUCUGUUUUUACCUCCAUGUUCCAUUCUGUGAGAAACGUCCUCGCAGAUCCUGCAGUUCCGGUUCAGGUAGUUCAGGAUAUUGAGCCUCAUUUGGGAGCCUUGUUCACCCACAUGCUAGAGGCAGGGACGACCGAGGACUUCAGGACGAUGAUGCAGUGUCUUCUCCAAGGGCUGGACGUCAGGAACGCGUGGAAAGCGGACCAGCCGGCCAUUUUGUCAUCUCUGACACUGAUCAAGUUGCUCCUGAACUGCCCAUUCGGUGGUGAGAAAGCAAGCCUGUUCUGGCGCGCGUGCCCCCAGAUAGUCACGGCCCUGAUGCUGCAAAACCGAGAGGCUUGUCACGAGCAGCCCGUGCCCUGGGCGGUGGUGGAGUCCGUCUUGGACGUGCUGGCCGCGCUGCUGCGGCAGGGGGAGGAGGCCAUCAGCAACCCGCACCACGUCAGCCUGGCCUUCAGCAUCGUUCUGGCAGUCCCCCUGGACCACCUGAAGCCCGCAGAGUACGGGAGCAUCUUCCCGAGGGUGCACAACGUGCUCUUCUCCAUCCUGCAGUGCCACCCGAAGGUAAUGCUGAAAGCCAUCCCUUCUUUCUUGAACUGCUUUAAUAGGUUGCUGUUUUCAGUUAUUCAUGAAGGACGGCAGAAAGAUAAAGGGAGUGCGGACGACCUUCCGGUGGUCCUGGAGUGCGCCCGCCUGGUGGAGAGGAUGUACAGCCACAUCGCGGCUCGGGCUGAGGACUUCACGGUGUUCGCCCCCUUCAUGGUGGCCCAGUACCUGACGGAGCUGCAGAAGGUCACCCUGUCCCCGGCCGUGAAGGACCCCCUGCAGGAGGGCAUCUACCUGGUCCUGGACCUCUGCAUCGAGCCCGACGUGCAGUUCCUCCGGGUCUCGCUGCCCCCGGGGGCCAGAGACGUCUUCAAGGAGCUGCACAAUGACUAUGUGAAGUACCACAAGGCGAAGCACGAGGGGGAGAGGAGGUACGCCGCCUGAGGCUGCGCCGCACCGCCGCCCUCGCCCGCGGGGAGAAGACCCUCAGGGGUUCUCGUCCGCCACGGGGACCAUGCGGGAAUCCUCCGGGGGUUAUUUAAUGUACAUAUUGUACUUUACAGUCAUGUUUUCAACACGGAGUAUUUUUUAACGUAUUUUUAAAAAUGCAGUAAAUACUGCAAUAGGAUCCUGAAAAUGACACCUUAGAAUGAGGUGGACUCAAUAAAAAAUUGCUGAGCGUCUCUCGUGGCCAUUCCAGAUGCGGUUCCUGCCUCAUUCCCUCUCUCCACUAGGAACUCUGUAGAACCUGUUGUUUUACUUCAGACCCCUGCCUGUAUAAUUA